AUGCCGUACACUUCGCAGAUGUUUCGAGUCCCAGUGUUCUUCUUGGUGCUGUCGGUGGGCCUGAUGUCCGUUGGCGGCAUCCCUUCGCCCUUCGACUACAUCUCGUCGGGCUUCCGAAGCCUGGCAGAAUACAAGCUGGCCACUGGGGCCAGGCUGGCGUCGUACCUCGUGGGAGACCGCGCCGUCAAGGCCACCGUUGACUUGAAGGUUGCCGACGAUCCAGAGGAAACUACCGAGCAGGCCGUGAUCGAGGCACCAGCCGUCGUCGGACCCGUCGAAGUUGUCCAGCACGACGAGGAGAACCCGGUCAAACCACAGCUGACCAUUACGACGGCAUCCGACGAAGAAGUGAACAACUUCAAAAAGCAGUUCGCCGCCGGCUACGCGGCUCUGGACUACGCCAACCAGCUCGAGAAGAAGCGCCUGGCCGGCGCGGCCUCGACAAAACCGCACUACUACGACGCUCAGGUCCUUCCCUUACCCUUGGAACACUACAAGAACUACGUCACCGGCGGCGAAACCGGUGGCUCGCUGAUGCGCGUCGCCGUGGUGGCGCAGGGCAUCCCCAAGCCUUUCUUCGCGUCGCCAGGCUUUUCCGGAGAGCAGCAGCCUCUCGCCGAAGACAACAAGACCGGAGCUGCGCCUCCUCUCCCAGAGGACCAGCAACAAAGCCACAUCUUCCCCUACAGCGACUGGCAGGCGGUGCCAGCUUCCGGCUAUUCCACGUACCCGCAGCCUUCGUACCAGCUUCCAGCCGGUGCUUCGGACGCCGACGCUCAAACCUUGGGCAGCCAAGGUGACGACUACACUGUCGAGGUGAACUCCACAGCUCCUGUCGAGCAGGGUGACGUCGUCAUUCCCGGAAGCAAAUUCCCGGAGCCGUCCUCCGAAGGCACGCCCGAUGCCGAGCCCGCCCUGGAGGACGCCACCGUUGCCACGACUCCUGCGCCGGAGAACGCCGUUCACGAUCAACAACCCAGGCAGCGUCGUGACGUUGCCGAUGCGGAGGAGGACGAUGACCAGACAAGCUUCCCCGUUCCGGGAACGAAUCUCACUAUCCGUGGUCAGGACGUCGAGAUCUACUUCCGCUACCUGAAGAAGCACGACGUCUCUGAGUGCUUGGCCAAGAUCUUCUGUCUCAUGGCGGCGCGUCCGGCAGCGUUCGGCGCAGACGGCACCAGCAUGACAGAGUUCUUCACGACUUACAGGCCCAUGCCCAGCCACACCUCGAUCGCGUUCUACAAGGAGGCUUCUGCUGCCGGAAGCGAAGGAGGCGACUGCCACGAGCUCUUCGACAAGUGCACCAUGAGCAUGGAGAAGAUGAAGGCAGCCUUCAACCACGACGUGGCCCUGUAAGGCGCGCCCUUCAAGUCAUUUGUACAUACAGCU